CAUUACUCCAUUUUUUGCAACCCUCUCUCUCUCUCUCUCUCUCUCUCUCUCCUCCUCCUCCUCCGCCGCCAUGGAUGAGGACGAUUUCCCACCUCCAAAGAGGAACCAAUACAACUUAAACAGCAAAGUCAUGCUCACCGCGGUCGUUUCGUUAUCCAUGGUGGUGGUGAUUGUGACCGUACUUCAUUUAUACGCGAGGUUCGUCCUCCGCCGCCAGGCACGGCGUAGAGCCACCAUGCUACAGCUCCGGCUGGCGGUUGCCCAGGCCCAGGCCGCCACAGAGCCGCCCACGAGCGGGCUUAACCCGGCCGUCAUAGCCUCCCUACCGAUAUUCGCCUUCAAACAAACGGGACACAGUGAUGACACGUCAGGUGGUGGGACGACAGAGUGCGCUGUCUGUUUGAGCUUUUUGGAGGAUGGUGAAAUGGUUAGAAUUUUACCAAAUUGCAAGCACACUUUCCACGUGGACUGCGUCGAUAAGUGGCUUACUUCCCAAUCAACAUGCCCUAUUUGUCGAACUGGGGCAGAGCCCUUCCACCUGCCCUUCCACCUGCCCCAGUCCUGUGAGGCAGUGCGGGCCAGGGCUUUGCCCACAGCUCCGCCAGUACUGGAAAGCGGGGACUCGGAGUUAACAAAUGCGGAAGGGACGUCACAUGGCGGGGAACUAGAAACACCAUCCUCCGCGAAGAUUGUCAAUAGUGGCGGCUCAAGUUCGAGCUCGAGGUUGAGUUCUUUUCGGAGGAUGCUUAGUAGGGAUUCUAGGGAUAAAUCGUCGCGGCGGAUCCAAUCUUGUGGCCAAGAGGAUGUCCAACUGGAUGUCGAGAGCAGCCAAUUUAGGUGAAACCAUUCAUUCCUACACUAUUUUGUUAAUUUCUUCUCUCUUUCUCUCUCCAUGUGCUCUGUGUUUGUAUAAAAAUUGUUCUGCUUGUUAUAUACACAUAUAGACGUUGAUUAGUCGCACACAUGAGAAGAGAAACAUAGACGAGAUUUCUCGAUCGGCUCCGGUCGUCGGGGCCGGUGAGACCUGAGAGAUGAGCUAUUAAGAAGAGUUAGAUAAGAUGAUCAGUACUAUAUUGUUGUGAAUAACAGAAAAUAAUUUAGUAAUGGAUGUGAUUUAUUAAUUAGGUGAAAUUAAUCAUUUCAUUGGCAGGUUCUAUUAAUUGCUUUAUUUCUA